CGUUAGCCGCGACGCGUGUGUGUGUUUUUGUUUUCCAUCGACCAUCUGAUCGGGAUCCGGCCUUUGGUCUUUUUCAGUAUUCUUCCCGCAGGAGAAAGGGAAAACCUGGACUGCGUCAGAGUUUGAAGCUUCAUGAACUCUUUGGGGCGACUCGUUUUGCCCGUAAGUAGGGCUGUUAUAUUCAAGAACAAGCCAGUUUUAUUCCGCAGCGUGAUGACGACCUCGAAGUUGGCCGAGAAGGCGAUGGAAAACCUGAAGUCCAAUCCGUACUUUGAGAAAUAUGCCAAGAAAAUAGCAACUUUGCAGGAGACUUCUCCAGAAGAAUUUUUAUCCAAGCUUCAAGAGACAGAAAUCGAAAGAAGAAGAAAAGCUGAAGCAGCCAAAGAAGAAGAGAGAAAAUGUGCACUGAGAGCAAGCGAAAGCUCGAAAAUACAAACAGACACUGCGCUGCAGUCAAAACCCAAGUCUUUGGCUACUGUCAUGAAAAUGGAAUUGAUUGAAGGAAAGUCAGCAGAAGAAAUUAAACAGAUUUGGUACGAGUACUACGGCCAAAAGGAUGGAGUUGCAGCUGUUGUACCUGCAGCUAACUUUCUAUCAAUCUUGGAAAACAGCAGAACGCACCCACUGUUCUUGUUUCCCUUGCCAAGAAGCAAUGGCUACGAGUUUGUUGUUUGUCAGUUCGCCGGCAAUGACAUCCACUUCACCACCCUGAUCAAUUACCAAACCCACAAGGAGAAUGCGCCAGAGUGCCUCACUUUGACCCAUUACACGGAUCUGAUCGAUUCAAAGGGAAUCGUUUUGAUGAGAGGAGAAUUCGACACCGACCUUUUGACUGUGUCAGAGGCUCAGUGCUUGGCCAACCAGGUGCAGCUUUAUUACGGCAUCCCCACAGAGAGCAAAAAACGACUGCUGGACACUUUCACGAACAAUCCAUCUGCGUUCAAGUUCAUGGAUCUAGUCUCCGAGCUUGAAAACCUGACGUUGUAAGUUAGUGAAGUUGAAAUAAAAGCAGAAGUAACCGUGUUAA